AAAAAGCUGUUUACGUUAAGGCAAAGAUAAGAUCAAAAUCUUGGACCCUCUUUUGCCUCUCAGUGUUUGUGCCUUCAAGCAAUAAACACACACACACACACACACUCUCUCUCUCUCACACACACACAAUUGAUUGUGUUUGCCAACAAAUUUUAAAUUGUGAAAAAGUGAUUAAUGAUAAGCAGAAGCAACCACACUCUGAUCUCACUAUAUAACUGCCCCUCUCUCUCUCUCUCUCUCUCUCUCAUCACAUGACCAAAUCUCUCUACAAGACUGCGCGAGUGCUGCUUUCUCUCUCACACACUUCACACAGUAAAAAUACCCAAAAAUUGGGGGAGCCCAUUUUCAGGCUGCACAAACAGUGGAUACAUUACGGGAAAAAAUGGGUGCAAUUAAUUUGUCGAAGAGCGUUCUGCUUUUCUUCUUCGUUGUGCUGAGUGCUGUGUAUCGAUCUUCUUCUGCUACUGGGGUUGAAGCAAACCAGACUGUUUCGCUUGUCAUAAAUGCAUCCGAAACAUCGACAAAAUAUAUACCGAAAACCUUGUUCGGUGUCUUUUUCGAGGAGAUUAAUCAUGCUGGAGCUGGAGGAUUAUGGGCAGAGCUUGUUAACAACCGAGGUUUUGAAGCUGGGGGUCCCAAUACACCCUCGAAUAUCGCUCCUUGGUCCGUAAUCGGAAAUGAAUCAUCUUUAAUCAUAUCAACCGAACGUUCUUCGCGCUUCGAUCGAAAUAAAAUUGCAUUACGAAUGGAUGUGCUUUGCAAUCACGAAGGGAGCAACACGUGUCCACCUGGCGGUGUUGGUAUUUAUAACCCCGGCUUCUGGGGAAUGAAUAUCGAACAAGGAAAGACCUAUAAAUUGGUUCUCUAUGCUCGUUCACUAGGGCCGAUCAAUGUGUCUGUUUCCCUGACUGGAUCAACUGGAUCGACACUGGCUACUGCUAACAUCGUAGAGUCUGAUGUUUCGAACUGGACUAAGAUUGAGCUAACUCUGCAAGCAAAAGGAACUGACGCAAACUCGAAACUUCAACUGACGACGACUAGAAAAGGUGUCGUAUGGUUCGAUCAAGUGUCGUUAAUGCCCACAGAUACAUACAAGGGACACGGGUUCCGCAAAGAUCUUUUUGAGAUGGUGAAGAAUUUGAAACCGGGAUUUAUUAGAUUUCCAGGUGGUUGUUUCGUGGAAGGGGAAUGGUUAAGAAACGCGUUUCGAUGGAAAGAAACUGUCGGGCCGUGGGAAGAGAGGCCAGGUCAUUUUGGUGAUGUUUGGCAUUAUUGGACCGAUGAUGGACUCGGUCAUUUUGAGUUUCUUCAGCUUGCUGAGGAUUUGGAGGCAGAACCUAUAUGGGUGUUCAACAACGGAGUCAGCCACAAUGAUGAAGUCGACACUUCCAGCAUCCAACCUUUCGUACAAGAAGCUUUGGAUGGUAUUGAAUUUGCGAGAGGCGAUGCUAAGUCAAAAUGGGGUUCCGUUCGAGCGGCAAUGGGCCACCCAGAACCCUUUGAUUUGAAAUAUGUUGCUGUCGGAAACGAGGAUUGUGGAAAGAAAUAUUAUCUCGGGAACUACCUCGAGUUCUACUCUGCUAUACAACGUGAAUAUCCAGACAUCAAAUUAAUAUCAAAUUGUGACGGUUCUUCUCGACCGUUGGAUCAUCCAGCUCACAUUUAUGAUUAUCAUAUUUAUAGCAGCGCAAAUAAUGUGUUUGCAGCGGCCCAAAAAUUCGACCGAGCAUCGCGAACUGGUCCAAAGGCUUUUGUGAGUGAAUAUGCUGUCCAUGGAAGUGAUGCUGGUACAGGUAGUCUUUUAGCAGCUCUCGCCGAAGCUGGAUUUCUUAUCGGGCUCGAAAAGAACUGCGACGCAGUCGAGAUGGCAAGUUACGCACCUUUGUUUGUGAAUACGAAUGACAGAACGUGGAAUCCAGAUGCGAUUGUAUUCGACUCUUCACAAAUGUACGGAACUCCAAGUUAUUGGAUGCAGCAUUUCUUUAAAGAGUCGAACGGUGCAACGCUACUUAAUGCAACCCUUCAAUCGAACCCGUCUAAUUCUCUAAUUGCUUCUGCUAUUUCUUGGAAAGAUACAGACAACAAAAACCACCUGAAAAUAAAGGUGGUGAAUUUCGGGAGCAGUAGUGUGGCUCUUCAACUAUCUAUCCAAGGGUUGGAAGUCAACUCGUUACAAUCGUUCGGGUCGAAAAAGAUCGAGUUGACAUCCGCUGAUGUCAUGGACGAAAACUCUUUCCAAGUUCCCAAUAAGGUGGUCCCGGUGAGUAGUGAGCUGGACGAUGUUGGUGAGGAAAUGGACGUUGUGCUUUCGCCUCAUUCGUUUACGUCGAUUGACUUGUUAAUAAACUCGAACAAUGUCGGGCUUGUUGGACCUGCUUCUUAUGUUGAUAAAUCCUCCUACUAUAAGGAUAUAAAAAUGUAUUAGAAACUAAUCUGUUUUUAAUAAAAUGGGGGAAUAUAUAUAUAUAUAUAUAUAUAUAUAUAUAUAUAUAUAUAUAUAUAUAUAUAUAUAUAUAUAAUUAGUUCUAUGUAAUUAUGUACAGGGCUGCUAGCCGUUAAACAAACAUGUCACUACUGAUAACUUUGAAUCUAUGAUUAUGAUAAAUAAUCUCUGAUGGGAAAAAUAUAGUUUUAA